GGCCGCUUGAGGUCGCUUUUGAAAUUUUGUUAUCUCUGUGAAUCAUUCCAAAAAACCUUUAAAAAUUGUAUUUUUCUGUAUUAAUUGCAUUUAUUAAUUAAUAAAACCAGUUUAUAUCGUUGAUGUAAGUAACACUGCAUGCCUUCAUUAAGUUUGCAUGAUAAAAGUAAAGCUAGUUUAGCCAAAAAGAACCACCAACAAAAUUUCAAUGGGAGGAGAAAUUAAUGACGAAGUUAAAGUAAUGAAAAUCGUGAAUUCUAAAUUUAAAUCAUCGAGCUUAUGGUGAAUAUGCAUUCGUUAAAGUAGUAAACAGCAUUAGAUGCAAUUAAUCGGUUGCCUUAUUACGAAAUAAGUUUAAAUUUGCGAAAGAGAAAAAAAUUAUCGAUUUUUUGAGAUCCAGUUGAAUAAUUUGGAGUUAUCAACAUCCAGAACGAAAUAACAGACAUAUCAAAAAUGAUUCCUAUUGCGCCAAUUCAAAUUCGAGCAUUUGAACCGAAUCACGGAAUGACUGACUCAAAAUACUUUACGACCACCAAAAAGGGUGAGAUCUUUGAGCUCAAGUCAGAGCUUAAUAGUGAUAAGAAGGAGAAGAAGAAGGAAGCAGUUAAGAAGGUCAUAGCAAGUAUGACUGUUGGAAAAGACGUGUCAGCACUCUUCCCGGAUGUUGUAAAUUGCAUGCAGACUGAUAAUUUGGAACUGAAGAAGUUGGUCUAUCUGUAUUUGAUGAAUUAUGCUAAAUCACAGCCUGACAUGGCAAUCAUGGCUGUCAACACCUUCGUUAAGGACUGCGAAGAUUCAAAUCCGUUGAUAAGAGCAUUAGCCGUUCGAACAAUGGGAUGUAUUCGUGUUGAUAAAAUUACAGAGUAUUUGUGCGAGCCAUUGAGAAAAUGUUUGAAAGAUGAAGAUCCAUAUGUACGUAAAACAGCUGCUGUAUGCGUUGCCAAAUUGUAUGACAUUUCAAGCUCAAUGGUUGAGGAUCAAGGAUUUUUGGAUCAAUUAAAGGAUUUAUUGUCGGACUCGAAUCCAAUGGUUGUUGCUAAUGCUGUAGCUGCUUUAAGUGAAAUCAAUGAAUCGUCGGCUUCUGGACAGCCAUUAGUUGAAUUAAAUUCAGCAACAAUUAAUAAGCUCUUGACUGCUCUUAAUGAAUGUACAGAAUGGGGUCAAGUUUUCAUCCUGGAUUCAUUGGCAAACUAUACGCCAAAAGAUGAACGUGAAGCUCAAUCAAUUUGUGAACGUAUUACACCACGUCUUGCUCAUGCUAAUGCUGCUGUCGUUUUGAGUGCUAUUAAAGUGCUCAUGAAAUUAUUGGAAAUUCUUUCAUCUGACAGUGACUUUUGUGCAACUUUAACAAAGAAAUUGGCACCGCCACUUGUUACUUUAUUGUCAUCGGAGCCAGAAGUUCAGUAUGUUGCAUUAAGAAACAUUAAUUUGAUUGUCCAAAAACGUCCAGACAUUCUGAAACAUGAAAUGAAAGUAUUCUUUGUUAAAUACAAUGAUCCAAUCUAUGUCAAGCUUGAGAAAUUGGAUAUUAUGAUUCGAUUGGCUAAUCAGAGCAAUAUUGCACAAGUUUUGAGCGAAUUGAAGGAAUACGCAACGGAAGUUGAUGUUGAUUUUGUUCGUAAAGCAGUCAGAGCUAUUGGACGUUGUGCAAUCAAAGUUGAGCCAUCUGCUGAGAGAUGUGUAUCCACAUUACUUGAACUGAUUCAGACAAAAGUCAACUAUGUCGUUCAGGAAGCUAUUGUUGUCAUCAAGGAUAUUUUCAGAAAAUAUCCUAAUAAGUAUGAGAGCAUCAUUAGCACAUUGUGUGAAAAUUUGGAUACUCUGGAUGAGCCAGAAGCUCGUGCAUCAAUGGUGUGGAUUAUUGGUGAAUAUGCUGAGCGUAUUGAUAAUGCUGAUGAGCUACUUGAUAGUUUCUUGGAAGGAUUCCAAGAUGAAAAUGCUCAAGUCCAAUUGCAAUUAUUGACAGCUGUUGUCAAAUUGUUCUUGAAACGUCCAGCUGAUACGCAAGAACUUGUUCAGCAUGUUUUGUCACUUGCAACUCAAGAUAGUGACAAUCCUGAUUUGAGAGAUCGUGGAUUUAUUUACUGGCGUUUAUUGUCAACAGAUCCAGCAGCUGCAAAGGAAGUGGUUUUGGCUGAUAAGCCUUUAAUUUCAGAAGAAACUGAUUUAUUGGAACCAACAUUAUUAGAUGAAUUGAUUUGUCAUAUUGCAUCAUUGGCUAGUGUCUAUCAUAAGCCACCAACAGCAUUUGUUGAGGGAAGAUCAGCUGGUGUUAGAAAGUCACUACCAAAUCGUACAAUCGCUCAUACAAAUGAUGAAGCCACGACAUCAGAAUCAGCAACAGUCAUUCCAAAUCAAGAAUCAUUAAUUGGUGAUUUAUUGUCGAUGGAUAUUGGUGCUCCUGUUGCUGCCUCAAAUGUAUCUCAACCACCUCAAAGUAAUGUUGAUCUUCUUGGCGGAGGAUUAGAUAUUCUAUUAGGUGGACCACCUGCAGUCGAAACAACACCAGCCGUUCAAAAUACAGGAAAUGGAUUACUUGGUGAUAUAUUUGGAAUAACAACCCAAACAACUACAAUGAUUGCAAUCCCUAAAAUCACAUGGCUACCCGCAGAAAAAGGCAAAGGACUUGAGAUUCAAGGAACAUUUGCAAGACGAGGAAGUGGAGUUUAUAUGGAUAUGACAUUCACAAAUAAAGCUAUGCAAGCUAUGAGUGCAUUUGCAAUUCAAUUGAAUAAAAAUACAUUUGGUAUGGUUCCCGGCGCACCACUACAAGUUCCUAGCUUACCACCAGGACAAACUGCUGAAGUAUCAUUAAAAUUAAGCAUUUCUGGUCCAAUUAUGCGAAUGGAACCAAUUAAUAAUCUUCAAAUUGCUAUUAAAAAUAAUGUUGAUGUUUUCUACUUUGCAUGCUUAGUGCAUGGACAUACACUUUUCACAGAGGAUGGACAAUUGGACAAGAGAGUUUUCUUAUCAACAUGGAAGGAAAUUCCAGCAGCAAAUGAGGUCCAAUAUACAUUGAGUGGAAUUGUUGGCAAUGCUGAUGCAAUUGCGGCUAAAAUGACGGCAAAUAACGUCUUUACAAUUGCUAAGAGAAAUGUUGAAGGACAGGACAUGCUAUAUCAGUCACUCAAACUUGAAAAUAAUGUUUGGGCAUUGCUUGAAUUAAAAUUGACACCUGGAAGUAGCGAAGGCACACUCAGUUUAAAGUCACGAUCUGUUGAAGUUGCUCCAAUGAUCUUUACUGCUUACGAUAUGAUCAUCAAGUCAUCAUUUUAAGGCACUACAUAUCUUGAUGUAGCAAGAUAGAAUUAAAAAUUCCAUUCAAAUGAAGACGAUUAGAAAGUAUAUAAAGGAACAUUUAUCUCGUAAAUUAUUAUGGUAUCAAGUUAUGAUAAUUAUUAUUUACUGAAAAAUUAUAUUUUUUUCAUAUUAAUUGGCAACUUAUGACUUUAAACACGAACAUUUGAAUGAAGUAGCCACACAAGAUGUUUAACUGUUAUAUGAAAAUAAUCUUUAUUACAAUCCUAAUAAAAUGAAACAUUUAAAUCUUGAUUAGAUCUGUGUUAAGAAUUUAAAUAUCUCAGAUUUAACGGUUCUUUAAAAAAUAGAUUUACAUAAGAGGCCGUUCACUUAUUACGUUACGCAAAACAACGACUUUUUUCAACCCCCUCCCCCUUGUUACAAUAUGUUACAACUCACAAC